CAAAGAUGGCUGCUCCCUCAGUUAGUGUUAGUGUUGAGUCGGCUAUUGAACAUCAAAUUCAAGAAGUUCGAUACGAUGGCCAGGAAGUUUAUGUUUCGUAAGUUGGAAUGUUUUAUAAUUAUGUUCGAGCAAAGAACUAGCAGUAGCGAAAUUUUCUCUUUUAUUGUACCGGUGUUAAAGUAAAGCAAUUAUUACUUAGUUAACAUAGAGUACUUAGACUUAAAGACUUAAAGGAAACUUUGUUAGUUAGUCAACUCCGACUCCAGUGCAGACUGAGUGUCUGAGGGGUUACAUUGUAAAGGGAGAACGUCCUACGCCUACAACUAAAAAAAUCAAUGGCAACAGUGACACCUGACUCACUAAACUCAGAAAUCAGCGCAACAUUGACUGAGUUUCUAUAGUCUAUAGUGAAAGAUUAUUAUUAUUAGAUUCUCUCCCCCUUUUUUAAUUCGUGGGGAGUUAGCUCUUCUCUUUGGUAUCCAGUAUUUCAGGGAAUUUCAAUGCAAUGCUUAGAUACUUUUAUCAAAAAUUUAAACAUUUUGUAAAAAUAAACCAAUGGCAUAGUUAAAUAGAGCUAAUUUUUUACAGAAUUAUAACACCAAAAUCAUAUUUUUAGCUGUUGUAGUUUUAAAGUUAUGAAUUUUUAAAGUACGACUUGGUUUGGCCUUUUUUUAACAUGGACUGCAUCUCGAUAUUCUUUGACCUCAUUCCGCUGAUCGCGUCAUGCGCAAUGACUAUAUAGUUUAUAUAAGGCAACGCAUUCCCUUAUCACUAAAAUACUGUUUAGGGUCCAUUUAUUUUAAACUUUCAACUUUGGCACAUGAAUAAUUAAUUAAAGCUUUCCCUGACCAAUGGUUUAAUAGAUUUUGCACACGGCAAACUCUUAUGAAUGAAACUCUGAGAUAGUACUACGAUAUAGCCGUUAUGCAAAUGGCUGUGAAUGAUUGCCAAUGACAACGUGUUGCACAGAGAAAAUUCUGAUCAUUUAUAAUAUGGACUCUUACAGGGUUUUUAAAGCUCAAAUUAAAACAUUCCAGUUUAAAUGUCUUCAAAAUGCAUUCUGAAACACAAAAUAUAAAAUAUUUUGAAGUAUAUAGUGGUAAUAAUUAAAUAUUUCCUAAGUAUCGGCAACUUCUGCCAUUAAAAAGGGGGCGUGGCCUACGGCAUGUCGAAAUAAGGCUGAGCCAACUUAUGGUGAUAUGGGUCACUGGGAGAAGCGUAACGAGCGUGGGACACGACCUACAUCAAUGAAACUUGGCACAGAUAUAGAUCAAUAUCUAAUGCUCAUACAGAUUUAAUAAAAAAGGGCCUUAUCUUAUUAUUUCACAAAAAAAUUUGUAUGCGAAGAUGCCUUAUAUAUACCAAAGAUCUUCAAAAUAAAGGUCGAUUGAAAAAAGCAAAAUAGCUGGCUAGAAAUGUAGGCCAAGAUGUCUUCCAAAUUAUAAGGCCGGAAACGGAACUCAAAUAUUUGUCGAAAGAACUAAUUUAAUAAUAAAUUGACACACACAUCGGAAAAUUAAAAACUCGUAUUUUUUGGCCUAUUUUCAGGGAGAAAAAGUGUGUGCUAUAGGCCAAUAAAUAUGGUAUAUCCUUCCAGACUUACUUAUUGUAUCAGGCUAUUCAGACAGAUUGGCAGCUUAUGCAAACAUAAACAAGAUCAGACACAGAAUCUAUGAACACUCCUUGUACUGGUGCUUUUUCAUUUUGCAUUUCAUUAGAGGCAUCCUAUUAAAUUACCAUGUGGAAUAUGAAUAUGGUGAUUUCAUAAUUUUGUUGUUACAUCAUUUGCAUUUAGGGAAAAAUGAUUUGUUUGAAAAAAUUAACUGUUCAUUAUUUUUAUUUUUUAUUUCAGGCCUCUCUCCAUGUCAGAAAAUUUAAGUAAACUUGCACAUAAGAUUGACUUCUUUAAAGAUGAGAGUGAAGAAAAGGGAAAGCCAACAUCUGAAGGAGAGAAAGAGUCUGAUGAAGAGAAAGUCCUGGCACCUUUUCAACCAUCAUUGUGGCCAUGGGAUUCAGUGAGAAACAAGCUCAAGUACGAUGGCCUUUCUAUUUCCAUUUUAUUGCAUUUCAACAUAAGUCUCGUUUUGGAUGUCCUUAGUUAUUGAUCAUGAAUGUGUUAAAUUUAAUUAGAUAAUGUUACUGUUAAAUGUAAAAUUGACAAUGCAAAUUGUUUGUACAGAGCUGCCUUUACAGAGAUCAGUGUGCUUUAUGAUGUACUUAAUAUAGUUAAAGAGAAACACUAUAUGGUCACUGACCCAGUGUCUCAAGAUCCUCCAGAGCUCAAGGCCUCGCUACAGAUGUUGGCAAAAAAAAAGGUUUGAAAUGAAGUUAAAAUAUUUUUUUUUAGAAUUUGUUAGACUCCUUGCAGUUUGGUUACAAAGUUUGAGAUAAUAAAUACAACAUUUCUGAAUUAUUUUUUAAUAUAUUUUUAUUAAAUGACCUUAUCCUUCAGCCCUCAACACUUGUAAAAAGCAGUUUUCUUUUGUAUACAAAAUAUUUACAGGUAUAUUGGGGGAUAUUUUCAAUUAACCAUGAUAAGGACAAUCAGAAUAUUUUAAUAGUUAUUAUAAUCUACAGAGCCUUGUAGCAGCAGCUCAAAUUUUGUCUGUGGGUGCUGAGCGUUUAAAGAGAGUUCAAGCUGAAAUGGCCUCCAAUACACAGGAAAAUUUUCUCAUGGAACUUCUUAAACUAAGAAAAAAUUGGCGUCUCAAGAAAGUCCACAAUACAAUCCUUGGAGAACUUAGCUACAAAUCUGGUACAUAAUUGUUAUUCUUCAUGUGUAUAAUAAAGAAAUUGUCUCUUUUUCUCUGUAGAAAUAUAGAUGAAAAUAUUUGGUUCUAAGUAAAAAAAAAAAAAUCGUACAUUUAUUCCUUUGCUUGAAUAUUUUUAUUAUUUAUUUUUUUAAUCUUCAUUUAAUAUUUUUCUUCUUAGAAGGAAGAAUGAAAAUGCAAGGAAAGUUAAUUCUGGGUUGGGUGAAGGAAGAGUAGUGAUCAAAAUUUCCAAAGACAUAUUUUAAUAUUUAUCUACAAGCUAGUUAGCAACUCUUUGGUUAUUAAUUUUGACCCCUGAAAUUUAAUAUCUGAUAAUAGAUUGAUGUACUGUAAUAAGUGUAAUUUGUCAUUAGCUGGUUCGAGAUUCUGGCAAGGUGGAACAUUUGAAGUUCUGAAAACAUCGGACCUUGCAGCAGAAGGGGAAGUUGUUUACAAAAAAAGUAGCCUUGAUGUCAGCAUACCCAGUGAGCUUGAGGGGGUGGCUUACAUACAGGUUGAAGUCAAGAAUGUCACGGGUAUGGAAGCCUUACUGUAAGAUUUAUUUUAACAACGCUCCAUGAUAGAGAUUAAUAUAUUUUAAAGUGAAUAUUUGAAGUGCAGCCACUUUUGCCCUGUGCCACUCUCUAAUUGAUACUAGAGAGAUAAAAUCUCAUAAAGAAACUACUAGUAUGUUAAAAUUAAACAUUAAAUCUGCUCUUUAGCAUUUAUGUUGUUUCUGUUAAUUCCUUCAGACCUGAUGGAUAUGACAAGUGCUACACUAAAGAUGCCUGCAGGACUUGGAUCUGUGCCAACAGAUGCAUACUGGCAGCAAAAGUUGGAGGUUGCUCAAAAUGUGCUGUUUUGCAAGGAACUAUUUGCACAGGUACACCAUUUUUUGCCUUUAUAAACACAAAUAUAAUUAUUUUUACAGUAGAAAACAUUAAAUUAUAUGCAUUUUCAAAUUAAAUCUUUUAAAAAUAAUGUCCUACUGCUUCUUUCUUUAAAAAUUUAAGAAUUUUACCUAGCUUUUUUUUUUUUUCAUAGUUGGCACGAGAAGCAGUUCAAGUCAAAGGCACAACUCCUCAUAUGGUUGUUGGCAAUCAAAUUCUCACAAACGUAAGUAUUGGCUUGUUAAAUCUUGAAGUUACCCAGUACUUCCAAAUCCUUUUUUUUUAUCCCUUGUUAUUUAAACAAUUUUUAACACACAUAGAAAAAACAUUUCCCUGAAAGCUUUAAUUUUUUUUACAUGAUUUAAGAGGAACUGCUGCUUAGCACUUUAUAUGCGCAUAGAGUGAAAAUACAUUUCUAUCUGCAUGACUUUUUCCCCUGGUAUAGUGAAAAAUAAGGUUAUAAGAUUGUAAACUCAAUAACUUUGUCAAGACAGUCAAUAUGUUAUCUAUUUGAUGAUCUACAUUUUGUCGUAAUAAAGUUUUAAGAGAUGAUGUUUAAUGUCAUUAGUAAACACAAAAUCAACAUUUGUUUUAGGUAUUCCCAGGCAUCCAGCUAUCAAUUGUUUUGUGUCAUUAUACAGGAAAAGAAAAAAAGGUAUUUACAAAAUCUUUUUCUUGAAAUAUUUGAAAACUCAAAUCAGUUUUUUUAACUACUUUCUUCAAGUGUUACAGAAUGCAUAAUUUGUAAAUAUUAAUGCUUUCUGUAUUUUUUCUACCUUUUAGAAACUUUUUCCCCAUAGUUUAUUAGUAGUUUUUUCUUCGUUUAAAUCAUAUUCAACUUCAUACUUGAUUUCUGCUCAGGUAAACCUAUCCCCACACAAAUUAGAGCACAACCAUGUUUUAGAACAUUCCCUGCACCAACUUCUGAGGGAAGUCCAUGACAGAAACUUGAGGUACAGCCCACCCCACCCCGUCAAUGCAAUGCUAGGAAUGACAAAGAGGAGGAGGCUUGCUGGCCCAAAAGCAAUGUCCAGACAAGAGCUCAUGGAAAUGGGAGAAAAGUGAGAUUGUUUUUUAUUUUAAUAUAUUUUUAUAGGGGGCUCUAACCAUAUAAUGUCAAUUGAACUUAAAUAUAAUUUUAGGGAUUUUGAAUACAAGAAGUUUUUCACGACCAUUGCAUAAAGUUUAAAGCUGAAUAAAAUAAAUCAUCAAAUGUACCGGUAUUCAAGUUUAAAUAAAAGAUCAAAAGCUAAUUAUUAUUUCAGUACAUUUUUUCAACCAAAUGAUGGUUUUUCAAUGCUAUCAGUCUCCAUGAUUGUACCUGGGUAAUAAAGUACGGUAUCGCUUUUCUUAAAGUUCUUCUAUAUUUUGCUAGAUGCAAAAAUGUAAAUACUGUGAUGUAAAAGCAUAGCAGCCUCAUUCUGAUUAUGCCAAGUGAUGUUCAGGAUGUUGCUUUAUCAAAACUGUUUCUUGCAACUUAAAAGUGCUAGACUAAAAAAGAUUUCAUGUCAUACAAAGUACAUUAUAAAAAUUGUGAAUUGGGGACAUAAGUAAUAUGUCACUUGAGUUCUUUCAGGGUUAAAUAAUUUAGGGUGUAAAAAUACUUUGAUCACUUAAAGAUUUAACAAACUAUUUAUACAAACUGUUUAUACAAAUGUUUAUGCUGUUUAACUGUUUAUACAAAUGUUAUUCAUUCCACAGUGAAUCUUUGCUUGAACAAAUCUUGAAACAAACUAAACAUGCAGUAUUAAGAAUAAGGUAUUGCUUAUUUUUUCCAUGUAGUGUUUCCACACUUCUGAAAUAUAUACUUAUUGAGAUUUGCAGACUUGUUUACUUUGACGAUAUUAGCAUACAAUUAUUGCAGUGUACAAUUCUGAGAUUUCUUUUACGAUUGUACCCUGAAACCCACCAGAACUACAAAUUUAAGAGACCAGGUUGAAAAUAUAUACAUUCCGAGAGUGUCUUUCUAAAUAUUUAAGUCUAUAAAAUUAACUCGCUCCAUUUUCGGGGGGGGGGGGGGCGGGGCCUCUAAAUUUUAGGUUUUUUGUCUCUUAUGCCAAAUUCAUGUUUUCACCAGUCUCCUGGUGUUAAUUUUGUACCCUGAAACCCACCAGAACUACAAAUUUAAGAGACCAGGUUGAAAAUAUAUACAUUCCGAGAGUGUCUUUCUAAAUAUUUAAGUCUAUAAAAUUAACUCGCUCCAUUUUCGGGGGGGGGGGGGCAGUGCCUCUAAAAUUUCAGUUUCUUGGCUCCUAUGCCAAAUUCAUGUUUUCACCAGGCUCCCUGUGUUAAAUUCUAACAAGUAAACUUGGAAAUAGUGAAUACAUAAACAAAUUAAAUAAAGGGUUGUGUAAAAAUAAAUAUAACAGGUAUGUAGGUCACUAAGCCCCAUCUAGUAACUGCAUACAGAAAAAUGUGCAUACAACAACAACAACCACACACACUCAUACACGACUCACCCACCCUACACAAACUCACCCCACUGACCAGUAAAUGGGCUAUUUUUAGCACCCCUUGUCUUUGUGAAGUAAAUGGGACUUUAUGAUUAAAUUCACUAUUUAGGUUUAAGUCCUUUAUAAAGACUAUUUUGGUGCAUGUUGCUCUACGCCCUAUUCUCAUAACCCUGCCCGAGGGCAACAAGCACCCAGGGCGCUGGGAAUAUAUUCUUGGAACCACUGGGCUUGCCGAACAGCAAGCUGUCAAAACCUGUGUCACUUUCUUUUUUUUUUUGUAACAUCAUAAAUGUAUAAAGAUUAUUAGAUUUGUGAUUUUUUGUAUGGAGGAGGGGGUGUCGUCAAAAAGUAUGCAUGCAAUAGGGGAUGGUAGAAAGUGUGACUUUUUUUUUCGGACGAAUUAUAUUGAUGGCCCCUCUUUGCGCUUAAUUGCUUCUGUGCUGCAUGAUGUAAUUUUGUGACAUAGUUAUUUCUUAAGGCUGAAUCUCAGAGAGUGCAGAAACAAAGAAAACUAUAGAAUGCAUUCUCAACUGUUCAGCACAGAUUUAGAUUUUGACAUAUUUUAUAGAUCGGAGGGGGCCUUUGAAAACUAUCUUUUGAACGCAAAAAACAGCUGCUGAUUUUUAAUGCCCCCUCUUCCUUUCACCCAUUUAAAGCUUGUGGUAGUUAUCAAACUGUAAUAUGUUAAUUGGAAAUAGGCAUAAUGGAUAUUGAUCGUUUUUUAAAGCUUUCCUAAAAAAUAAAUCUCAAGUUACUUGGUAGGGUUUUUUUUCAAAUGACAUCCUAAUUUGUUUAUUAUUAUUUUGAUAAAUUUCAUUUUAUGCUGAUCUGACUUCAAGUUUGAACCACAUUAAAUUUCACCAGUAACUUUAUUUUUACCAGUGACAGACUGUGAUAUUGUAAUCAGUACAUUCACCUAAAUAUUAAUGGAUUAAAAUUGAUAUCUAUAGCAGAUACAUGUCUGCAAAACAGUGACCCACAUAUUGCAAUAUAAACGUCAGUCAUCUACUUUUUACCUUCAGUUACCUUUUUUGAAGCCAGCUUAUAGCUCGAUCUCACUAGACACGCGGCGCAAGUAGUUAUUGUAUAAAUUUUUUAUAUUGUGUGUUUAUUUACUUAAGAUACAGUAUUGUACGAUUUUGAGACGAUCUUGUAAGAUUUUAGGUCUGGAUUUGUCUUAACUUGGUCUUUGGUGGCUUGGAGGGGUAUUAGACAAGUUUAAUGAACUUUAUCUUAGCCAUCUCUCUGUCCUGUGAAUCUAUUGUCAAACUAAAUAAAUGAAUCCAUUUUAACACUUUAUGAGCAGUUGAACCCAGAAGUUCUGCUUUAUUAAAUUUAUUUUUCAGUGAGUAAACAUUUACUAUUACCGGUUAUAUAGUACUUAUUUAUACAAUUACACUUUAUUAUAUUUUGGUUUUCAUAUAUCUGUUACGGGCAAUGUGAAUAAUUGGGCAUUAUUCAUAAUGACCGGGCAAUUUAAAAAGUGCCCAAUGGGAUGUGUCAAUAUAGAUAUAUAGAAAAUAUUACAUUGCCCCGGCAUAAUGAAUGAUGCUGGAAAUCGAGUGGACAAUUUGAGAAAAAUUUUAUUCAUAUUUCUCUACAUACAAAAAUAAGAGUAUAUUUUAUAUUCAAACAAAUUUUUAAAUAACUAACAAACAAAUAAAGAUACAAACUAGUGGUGAUAAAAUAAGUAUAAAAAAUGAAUACACCAAACUAAAAAAAAUAUUAGGUAUGUACUAACAAAUACAUAAACACAAAAAAUGUCAAAUCCUAGAGUUUCUAUUUAUUAGAGCAACUUCCACUUUGUUGACAUUUCGAGUUACAUAGCUUUUUUUCUUUACAGCACUUGCACUUGUCAGAUUUACAGCCACAAUAACAGCAACAUUGACUAUAGCCUUGGGCCCCAGUCUUGGAUGACAUUCUUGCACAUUCUCUUAGUGAAAUCUCUGACUGAGGAAUUUCUUCGGCAUAAAUAAACUUUUCAUUACAUAUUGUAAAUUGGUUCCUAGCAUAAAGUUGAUUUAGGAUUCCAUGUUUGGUGCCUAAUUUAUAAAGAUUGGCAUCUGUUAUUUCAAGAACAAAUGCCAAAAUAUUUCUUCCAUCAAUUCGACCUCUGUCAACAUCUGGGACUCCAACUCUAACUGUGUCACCCUUUUUAGCAGCAGAGUAUUUUGAAUUAGAGGUUUGAAGCAUUGUUUCAGUUUGUUUUUUUAGAUUGUUUGCAGAAAUCUCCCUAAUUUUUAAUAUGUCAGCUUUUCUUUUUUCACAUUGGGAUCCUCUGAAGAAUCUUCAUAACCUUCAUACCGGCGUUUUUCAUGACCGGAGACUUGAAUAUCAGAUGGCUCAGAGACAUUUAUUUCUCUUUCGUUGUUAUGAAAAUCAGAACUUGGUUCAGAUAAUGAAGUUGAAGAUUGAACAUAAGUAUAAAUAGAAGAUAGUUCCUCCUCGUUAUGUUGACCCUGGCUCAUUUCGCAGUGCACCUUCUUCUACAGAAUGUAAAUUGUUGUGAUCUUUUACUAUUACUUCUAAGUCCUCUUCACAAUUUAUAUUAGGCAGAACAUCUGUAGAUAGAAAAUUUUUAGACCAACUGUUAACUUUGUUCCAAACAUGGCCUCAUACGGAGUACAGUUUAUGCCUCUAUGAUGAGCUCUGUUCUUCAUAAUCUAAACAAAACGUAAGCCUUGUGACCAUUUUCUGCUGUUAUUGUCUUGCAGCCACGAACAAAGCAUAUUUUCCACUUCCUGAUUUGCACGUUCUAUGGAGCCCUGACUUUGAGAUUGUCUGGGCUUCCCAUGUACCACAUGCUACAUAGUUCGUUAAUAGUAUUUUUGGCAAAUUCUCUCCCAUUAUCACUUUGCAAAAUAGUAGGCGCACCAAAAAUGGUUAAAAUAUCCAAAAGCACAUAAGCUACUUCUUCUGUUCUUUUGGUUUUAAGAGGUUGAAGUUGAAUAAAUUUAAUUAAAUGAUCUUGGUACACAAUUAAUUAAAGUGACCAGUGAAAUAAUAGCAGUAUUUAUAAUGACGAGGCAAUGUAAUAAAUUAUCCUAGAUUGUCAUAGAGAAAUGCAAAAUUAUUAAAUUGUCUGAUUUUAUCUGUCAUUAUUCAUAAUGACCAAGCAUUAUGAAUAAUGCCCACUUAUUCACAUUGUCCGUAACAUAUCCAUUGAGUGCUACGUUAUUGUGACUUUAAUGUAAUAUAUUUAUAUCUAUAACACCUGCCAGGUCCAUGCAUGUCAUUGACCAGUUAGCCAUCAGCAUACAGGACCCACAAAUCUGUGCACAUUGGAACUGUCUUAACAACAGCCUUGAAUCUAGUGUCAGGAUCAGUAUCACAUCUUACUGUUAUGAAACUAUCAGGUACCUUACUGUUACAAAUUCCAUUUUUGCUGUGUUUUGUUUAGAAUUUUGACAGACACAAGAUUCUACAUUUCCCAUACUUCCUUAUAUUUUUAUAAAUAGCAUAGUAAUUUCAAUUUAGUUCCUAAAACUAUUUACAUGAACUCUCAUAUUAGAGACAAAUUGAUAAGAAGUUGUUCGCUAAUGUAUGAAACAGAUUCAGUAAAUGUUAUUUAUGCAUUCAUUUAUAUAUGCUCUUAGUUAAUUUAUUUAUGCUGUUAAACUUUUCAAUUCUGUAACUCAAAUUUUAUCACUUCAUCAGGACUCCACUUGUGCUAAUCAUUGGUAUUGAGUCCAUCAGAGUAAUUAUGAAAGAUGGCCGUGUGUGUACAUUGUCCUUUGAAGAUAAUGAAUUAAGGGAUCUCUUACAAUGGCAGGUCAGUUUAGUGUCUUCACACAAAAUAUCAAUGUUUGUAGCUUUAAUCUGAAGUCCCCAAAUAGGCAAGACUUUUCACUGCUUUUACCUAGUACAAUUUUUUAUUCACAAAUAAUAACAUUUUUGUUGAGACCCGUGGCAGUUUUUUCUUUUUUUUUAAUUCUUAAUGUUCCCUAGGACUUUGGCCUUUUCAAAUGUUUUCCCAUGACAUUAGCAUAUUCUAUAACAGUGUUGAGCACUCAAGUUUAUUAGGUAUUAAUGAGUCAUUUAUAUUCUAAGUUAUCUUAACAUUAAAACAAUGUUUAAGAUAAGACCGAUGCUCAUUUUAGUUUAAUGUAUUUUCCUUAAAAUUUAUAAUUUCAAAAUCGCUAUUAUUUUUAUUGAAAUAUGUUUCUUCCUUAGAUCUGCCAACAUCAUGCCCAUUCCAUUCAAAAUUUAGCCAAACUUCAAGGUUGGCAGGUCCUAUCUAGCAUUGUCAGCAGUGGACAUGGUGACAUGGAGACCUAUGGCACUACCUCCAAUGUUAUGCUGGCUUCCCCUAAAGGAAAUAUGUAUGUUCCUACUUUUAAUGUAUUCAUAGAUACACUACAGGUUGUUAUUUGGUUGUUAUUAUUAUUAUUAUGAAAACAACUGAUUGAAUCCUACUAUAAAUUUUUGUAUUAUCGUUACUUAAAAAUUGUUAAGGUUCAUCAUCUUUAAAUGCUGUACAGUAUUUAAAUUCAUUGUUUAUUUAACUCUUUAAUUAAGCAUAGAGUUUGAAUGUUGUUUUUUUUUAAUUUUCCAUUUUUUUCUGCAGCAUUUUGGCAUUUCAUAGCAACCCUGUCAGCGGCCAUAAGCUGGCCAUAAAGAAAGUUGACCCAGCAGUGGACACCCAUAGUUCACCAGCAGUAACAGCCAGCAAAUGGGCAAGUCUGUCUGGAGAAUUCCAGGUAGAUAAAUUAACACUUUAUCUUGUCUUUAAAGUUAUACUCUUUGCAUCUAUUAGUGUAGGAUAAAAGAGGAUUGGCUAGUGCCAUGCCUUAACAUGUGAUGCAGGCAUUGUUAUUGAAAGUUAAUUAAAUAACUGUUUUCUUGCUUUUAAGUGACUUUAUGGAGUAAAAAAAUUGAAGGGGCAUCAUGGAUCUUAUUCUUUUGAUUUUUUUCAGGAAGUGAAUCUGAACCAACUAGAGGGAAGAAAUCUUGUUGGGAAGAUUGACAUGCUGAUGGCAAGGUUAACUUUAAGCUGAUGGGGAUCAAGGUCAAUGAGUUAGUGUCGAGAGUUCCAUGUACCCAUCAUUGAAUCUCCUAGCUGUGCUGCAGUAAGAGCUCUGUAAUAUAUUGACCAUUGGUAUAGCGGUUGGUUAAACAAUCUUAGUGCACCAGCUCAGUUAUUAUAAGUUUGUUACUUGGCCAGCUUUAAAAAGGAAAAUUCCAAGUUGAGCAUAAGUGUUAAUUCAAGGGCACAUCAUUUAGUGGAAAAUGUCUUUAUUGACGAUUAAUAGCCAUGAUGUACAGAAGAUCAACUUGAUAAAGAUUUCAACUUGUUCUUCCUCAACACAUCUUCACUCCCACCGUGAUGUAAAGGAAGAGUUAUUUUGUAAUAAUUGUAAAUUUGGUUUCCCAAAGUGUUGAAUAGUUGAAAAAAAAAAGAGUCAUGGUUGUAUCAUUUAUCUACAGAGUAAAACAUUGAUCUUAAUUGUAAUUUUGUACCACUGAGCUCAUUUUCAAGCAAAUCUUGAUCACUGGUGUUAAGUGAGUGCCAAUUAUUUUCAAUUAUUUAUUUUUGUACAUGUUUUCUACAUUUUUUUAUGUCAUUUAAUAAUGCAAUAUUUAUCAGAUCAGUAAUGUUGAUUGUUCCUUUAUUGAAAUAAAUCAGUGAAAUAAUGAGAUCAUUACCAUCAUAUCACGCCAUUAAAUUGCAGGGAGUAGCCCAAAAGCUGUAGAAGAAUUGUUCUCUAUAAGAGUUUUCAUAGCAGCUUUUCUUCCCCCCCCCCCCAAUGACACUAAAUAUGUAUAUACUAAUCAGUUAUGAAUGUCAACAAUAGAGCUGUCUCAUUUCUAAGGAUUCCUGCAAGAU